AUGUUUCCAGAUAUUAUCAUCAAGAGUAUACCCUCAGCUCCGGAGCACCCUGCGUUCAAUUACCAAGGUUUCGCACCCCAAGAAAGCAUCCUGGAUGUCGGACAUGUAAAGGAGCCAGGAUACCGGGCUUUCUCUUGCAAGUCUAUUUUCACCCGUGAUCAGGAAAUUGUUGUCAGAGACGGAGCGAGACUCUAUGCCGACAUCUUCAGACCGGCAUCUUCGGCUUCCCAGCCGGUACCAGCCAUUCUUCCCUGGAGCCCAUACGGAAAGACAGGGACCGGCCCGCAAAACUACGAUACAAUCGCCCCAUUUCGUGCAGGGAUCCCAAAAUCCCGCACUUCGGGCUAUGAAAAGUUCGAGGCCCCCGACCCCGCCGAAUGGUGUGCUCGAGGUUAUGCAGUGAUCAACAUCGAUGCGCGAGGCGCAGGCCACAGUGAGGGCAUCAUCGCGCUUUGGGGUAUCCAAGAAGCUGAAGAUAUCUAUGAUGUGAUUGACUGGGUUGCAAGACAGCCAUGGUGCAACGGGUCAGUCGUGAUGGCGGGAAACUCCUGGCUAGCAAUCUCGCAAAUCAAUUUCGCCGCCCGAUUGAGUCAUCCUGCACUUAAGGCUCUGGCGCCUUGGGAGAUGUAUACCGACCCGUAUCGUCAUUUUGUCGCCAGGGGCGGUAGGCCACAUAUCCCAGGAUUUCAUAGAAUGAUUGGCGAGGGCUUUGCCGGUCCAAGCGGCGCGGAAGACAUUAUUGCAAUGUUUCAGAAACGGCCCUUGUACGAUGACUACUGGGAGCAGAAGCGCAUCCCGGUCGAAAACAUCACUGACAUUCCGAUGUACAUCACAGCGUCAUAUUCCACGAUGCUGCACACGUACGGCUCGUUUCAAACUUUCAGAGAAGCGAAAACGAACAAGAAGUGGUUGCGUGUACAUCCCUACCAGGAGUGGUAUGACCUCUACCGGGAGGACAUCAGCAACGAGCUGCAGCGCUACUUUGACUUUUACGCGAAAGGAGAGCCCAAUGGCUGGGAGGAUGAGACACCAUCGGUCCGCCUGUCGUUGCUUGGGUUUGAGCCUGAAAGCCCUGCAAAAACGGUUGUGGAGAGAUCGGAGCUUACAUACCCUCCUGAGCGCCAAAGACUCAAGACAUACUUUCUUGAUGCAUCCUCCGGGACCCUGCAACCAAAGCUCCCUCAGAAAGAAGCGUCCAUCUCUUAUGAGGCUCACCACCUUACGGACUGUGUUGUAGGCAAACCGGAUAGUUCAAUAUCGCUCUGA